AUGCGAAGUCCCUUGGAGGUUGUUCAUUAUGGACACCAUGGCUUUCCUCUGGAAGCUUCUGCUGCUGGGGCCAUGCCUGACGGACGGAUGCUGCAACAACGCCAUUACAACGCCGCGGCCGCGGCCGGUGCAACCACGACGGCAUGGCGACCCUUGGCGUCUUUCACGCAGGUGCUGCAGUCCGUCUCCCCGGCGUAUCAGCUCAGGCGAAGGCCGGCCGGCAGCAUGAUUCAUACUCAUCAUCAGGAGCACGUCAUGACUAAUGAUAACCCGGAGGCAGGCAGUAGCGGCACCACCAGUCAUGUAAACCAUGUGCAUGGUAACAGUCUUGAUGGGAAUUUGAGGCCAGAAAUGGAAUGGGAUGGUGAGCAGCAGCAGCAGCAGCAGCCAAUCAGCGCUUCUAUGCUGAUGCUGCAGCACUACCAGAAUCCUGGAGGCUUGCCCACUGGCUGGAGGGACUAUUUCUCCUCAGUCAUCUCGCAACAACAGCAUUUCUUCUCGAGCAUCUCUCAGCGACAGCAACACCCCGUGUCCCUGCACGAUCCACGCUCCUCGUCUAGUAAUCAUCCUGGUCAUCCCGUUCCUCGCCCAUCAGGAGAGCUCUUCAGGCCGGCUGUCUACUCUGGAGCAGCUACUUCAGCGCGUGAGAGCACCAGAGUCAUGGGAGCACCAUCUACUCUGGGAGCAGCUAUUCCUGUUGAGGCAACCCAAGAUGUUUCGGCACGCGCAGUUGCAGCCCACGGCGAGGUUCUAGGAGAAUCAAUAUCAGCACCAGAACGCCACCAGCAGCAGCCAACAGCCGGUUACCCUGCUUCUGCUUCCCCUGCGAUUGCAUUUCCUGCCAUGCUCCAACCCAGAGGUCCAGCCGCUUCAUCUGCAGCAGCUUCUUACAUGCGACCUCACGGCCAAAUGGGAUCAGCUGUUGGUGGGGUUGGUGGUGCUGCCUCUGACUCUGCUGCUUCUGCGAGGGCAGCUGGGCAGCACAGCACGGGCCAAGAUGGGUCAGACGCACGGCAAUGGAGCAGCUUGUUGCCUUACAGGUCGACAGUCGUUGCCUCUGCGCUCGAUGCCUCUGCGCUCGAUGCCUCUGUGCUCGUUGCCUCUGCGCUCGAUGCCUCUGUGCUCGUUGCCUCUGUGCUCGAUGCCUCUGCGCUCGAUGCCUCUGCGCUCGAUGCCUCUGCGCUCGUUGCCUCUGCGCUCGACGCCUCUGUGCUCGUUGCCUCUGCGCUCGUUGCCUCUGUGCUCGAUGCCUCUGCGCUCGAUGCCUCUGCGCUCGGUGCCUCUGCGCUCGAUGCCUCUGCGCUCGAUGCCUCUGCGCUCGAUGCCUCUGCGCUCGAUGCCUCUGCGCUCGAUGCCUCUGUGCUCGAUGCCGCACAGGUCUGUGUGUCCCAGCAGGUCGCCACACCAGCUGCAUUGGAGUGUCUUCCAACCCAGUAG